CUCCUCACGCUCCUUUAUACAUGUGGGAAACUGAUCCCUUUUUUCAUUACUUGGGGAUGUGAAGCCUCUGUGCUGUACUGUGACACUGCGCGCAAUGAGUUCAGCCAAGUCAAGCUCCCUCUCCUACCGGGAGGCCUGGCGCCUCUUCCUGUUGGUGGGAGCAUGCGUCGGUAUUCUGUCAAAUACAUUUCAGGGCGAGGGUGCACCCUUGAUCGCGUCUAUCGCCUUCAGUGGCAUUGCGUUCGCGGUGACAUUCAGUAUGAUUCGUUGGCUUGGGCCGACAUUUCUCAAAGCAGGGCUGAAAGGAAAGGACAUGGCCAAACCUCAGAGGCCCGAAAUACCAGAAACCAUGGGCGCUGUUUGCUCUAUAGUGUACCUCCUUGCGCUCAUAUUCUUCAUUCCCUUCGCCUUCUACAAAGACAUCGUGGCUGCCACCUCGGGAGGAGGUAACCGUGAUGUUCUCGUUGAAGUACAGCACGUGGAGCAUGGCCGUAUGCUACAUCGGUUUCCUCAUGGAAAGCUUGCCUCGUACCUCUCCGGACUGCUUUCGCUUCAAUGCAUUGUUAUUCUUGGAAUCGGCGACGAUCUGCUCGAUAUUCGAUGGCGGCAUAAAGUUCUGAUUCCCGCAUUCGGUGCGAUUCCAAUGCUCAUAGUCUACUUCGUGGAUUUUGGUGUUACGCAUGUGGUUGUGCCCGUUCCUCUGCAGCCAUAUUUGGGAUCCUUCAUUGAUCUCGGCUGGCUAUAUUACGUAUACAUGGCCGCCGUGGCCAUUUUUUGUCCGAACUCAAUCAACAUGUUGGCAGGGGUCAACGGAGUGGAAGUUGCUCAGUCGCUUGUGAUAGCAGUUCUGCUCAUUGCGAACGAUGUACUAUACCUGGCGCCGAUGACACCGUACCCCCACCCUGCGACUGACUCGCAUCUGUUCUCGCUGUACUUCCUUCUGCCCUUUGUUGGAGUCUCCUUGGCUCUGCUAUGCCACAAUUGGUAUCCCUCCGCGGUCUUUGUCGGAGACACCUACUGCUAUUUCGCAGGCAUGGUUUUUGCUGUCGUCGGUAUCCUCGGUCACUUCAGCAAGACUCUGCUCCUUCUAUUCAUCCCCCAGAUCUUUAACUUCGUGUACUCCACCCCACAGCUGUUCCAUUUGAUUCCGUGUCCACGCCAUCGCUUGCCUCAAUUCAAUUCCAAGACCGGACUGUUGGAUGCUUCCGUGACGGAAUGGACGGUGCCGCCUUCACCACUGAUAGCUGCCGCUCUGGAGUUCUUGCAUAAGCUGCGCUUGGUUCGCGUCACUAGAAACGAGAGUGGUCGAAUCGUGCAAUCCACGAACCUUACCAUUCUCAACCUGUGGCUUGUCUGGAUGGGACCUAUGAGAGAAGACCGGCUAGCAUUGAGCAUGGUUGGCCUGCAGACCGUGUGCGGACUUUUAGGGCUUUUUGUGCGACACAGAUUAGCUCUACUUGUUUUUCGCGAGGAUAAUAGAGCCUUCGCUCAUGUAUGAAGGCUUUGGGGAUAGCCGCAAUUAUAGAUAACUUAGAG